CAUGGCGACGCUUCCUUCGAUGCCUUCGCCCCACGCAUUUCCUCAUGCCAGCUCGCCACCCGCGCCGAUUCAUCGCUGUAAUUUCUCGUCGAGAGUUCUCCCUGCUCGCUCGCCCGCCUCUCUUCGGUCACACUCGCGUGGCUGUUCCUCGGUGCAGCCUACUACUUAUGGAGCGUUCAGCAUUCCCAGAUUUGCUUAUUCCUCCGCUCUCGAAUCCCGUAGUCUCUGCGUCGCAACCGCUUGACCUGGUUUCUGUGAAUUCUCAGAACGACCCAACCGCUGGACCCCGAAUCUCCGACAAGGCCAGCAGCCGACGACGGCUCUUCACUUGGAGGCGGUGAUGAUGGCGACUCAGAUGCUCCUCGUUCCCUGCGGUGCGAGUGCUGGACUAACUGCUAGUCCAUGCAGCUUUCGCCUGCUCUCUCCACAAGUAAGUCCAGCCGGCAGCAGCAGCAGCAGCAGCAGCGUGUCGCCUCACGCUCUUCACGCGGCGGGAGGACACUACCAGCAGCAGCAUCUCCCCCGCUCGUGCGUUCCUUCUCCGCGGCCCUCCUCCUUGCCGUCGCCGCGUCGCGCGUCGUUACCCUCCCUGCUGUCCGCACCACGGCAAGUCCUCCCCGUCAGGCGCCACGCGAUCGAGUGCUCCCAGUACAAGGGCAAGUUCCCGCGCAACCCGCCACCCCCGCCACCCCCGCCGCAUAUCCCGCCGUCAUCCCUGCCGCCAGAAUCCCUCCUCGCGAUCCUCGCCAACACGCGCACGCUCCUCCCGCUCGCGCUCGCCGUCGCCGUUCCCCUAAUAAGCGGCUCCAUCGUCGCGCUAGUGGCGAGUCCGCUGCAGGCGUGGUACGCGGAUCUGCAGCGGCCGUGGUUCCAGCCGCCGGAUUUCAUAUUCGGGAUGAUGUGGUCGCUGCUGUAUCCCGUCAUGGGCGUGGCGUCGUUCCUCGUGUGGCGCGAGGGCGGGUGGGCUGCGCAGAGGGGACCGUUGGUGCUGUAUGGGGUGCAGCUGCUGGUGAAUUUGGCCUGGCCCGUGGUGUUUUUCAAGAUGCACAGGAUUGGCGCUGCGCUGGGAGUCAUAUCACUGCUCCUCCUCCUGGUGUCCCUCACGCUCCUCUCCUUCGCCUCCAUCAACCCUCUAGCGGCCGCGCUCUUCCUGCCCUACACCCUCUGGGUGGCCUUUGCAACCGUGCUCAACCUCGCUCUCUGGAACAGGAACCAGGGCAACACGCCAGGAAGGGGACGAGGAGGGGAUGAGGAUGGGGAUGGGGGGCAGGGAGUGAGUGUGAAGGCGGAGCGUUCAAGGUGGGGAAGCAUUGUCGUGAGCAGUGCUUUGGCCUUCCUUUUUGGCAGCCCUGCUCCUGCUAUUGCUGCCACUGCUACUGCUGCUUCGUCUGAUUUCCCUGGCAGGCAGUGGCGGCUGGAGCGGCAGCAGCAGCAGCAGCAGCAGCAGCGGAUGGUGAUGAGGCAGUCAGAGUAUAAAGGAUUCUCUCUUGGGGGACUGAACAUCGCUCCUGCUGGUCCUGUCGCUCCUGUUGAACGUUCCACCAUAGGGACAGGCAGCAAUCUUGCAUGUGAUUGUGCUGCCGAGCUUGCAAAAAUUGCAGGUGCUACUGCCGUUGCUGGCACGAGGUCCGGAGCUGUUCCGUCUGCAAGUGUUGACGGUAGAGGUGUUUGAAUGACUUGUGGGCUUGUGGAUCUUUAGGGCUGGAUGGGUUGGAUGUGUGCUACCAUGCACAGUGGUGUUUUCUCAGACGAGACUAAAUUAGGCUAACAAGGCUUGGUUUGAUGUAGUAGGAUAGGAUGAUGUAGUGAUGUGAGGUUGUUUGCCGUUGCAUUUUAAUGAGUUUUUCUAGUAG